CGCCCCCUGGCCCGCGGCCCCCUCCCAGCCUCUCUCAGCGGCCUUCUCUCGCUCCCCGGUCAGAGGGCCGGAGCGAGAAGAUGGCGAAGACGUACGAUUAUUUGUUCAAGCUGCUGCUGAUCGGCGACUCGGGAGUGGGCAAGACCUGCCUCCUGUUCCGCUUUUCAGAGGACGCUUUCAACACCACCUUCAUCUCCACCAUCGGAAUUGAUUUUAAAAUCAGAACGAUAGAACUAGAUGGAAAGAAAAUUAAGCUUCAGAUAUGGGACACAGCGGGUCAGGAAAGAUUCCGAACAAUCACGACGGCAUAUUAUAGAGGAGCCAUGGGAAUUAUGCUGGUCUAUGACAUCACAAAUGAAAAAUCUUUUGACAAUAUUAAAAAUUGGAUAAGAAACAUUGAGGAGCAUGCCUCUUCAGAUGUUGAAAGAAUGAUCCUGGGUAACAAAUGUGAUAUGAAUGACAAAAGACAAGUGUCAAAAGAAAGAGGGGAGAAGUUAGCAAUUGACUAUGGGAUUAAAUUCUUGGAGACAAGUGCAAAAUCCAGUACAAAUGUAGAGGAGGCAUUUUUUACACUUGCACGAGAUAUAAUGACAAAACUCAACAGAAAAAUGAAUGACAGCAAUUCAGCAGGGGCAGGCGGACCAGUGAAAAUAACAGAAAAUCGAUCAAAGAAGACCAGUUUCUUCCGUUGUUCUCUACUUUGAUGAACUCUUUCUGAGAGACUGCAGCACACCUCCAGGGCCCUUUCCUGCUUCUCUGAAAGCACAGGUCACCCAGCCUCAGAAUCACACGGCCCGGCUGCUGCUGAGAGCACCACUGAACUUAGACCUCUCGACACAGAAUGUCAAGUGGAUUCCAGCCUCAUGACCUAGCAAAAGAAUAGGCUCCUUUUUUCAAACCUGGAAGCAAUGAAGUGGAGACACAUGCAGGACCUAACUUGUUUUUUCUUUAUUUUAUUGCCUGUUGCAGAAGCUGCUAUCUUUCUUUUUCACUUUGCACAUCAGUGUUAGCCUUUCCCUAUUAUAGCACAAUCUUAGAAUCAUAUUUGCACACUGUUGUGUCAUGAAGUUCUAGAGAAAUGUGUACAUUUGGGGAUGUUUAAAAGAGAGCAGAACAUUUAAAACAGGUUAACAUACUAAAAGGAAACUUGGUCUGGUUCAUACAGCCAAAUGUUAUUGCAUUAGUAGUUUUAAUUUAAGGGCUUUGAUUUGUGAUUUCUUAAAUAAGAAUCUUAAAUUCCGAUAAAAUUUAUUUUAAAAAAUUCAUUAAAAUGCCCAUCAAUUCAUCAGAGGCCACAAUUUCUUCAUUUCUUCAUUUCCUCAGAUUAAGAGCUUUGCUUCAUUCCUGACCAUUUUGCCAGGGUCUGAGUAGCUGAAUGAAUCACUUUUUAAAUUGAUUACCUAUGCCUAAUCUAUAGAAACUGAAUUUGGAAAUCACCAUAAUCUCACUUUUCCUGGGGUUUGUAUUUGCUAUUCCUUCUCAUGUUUGACUUACAGUAAUGCCUCAGUUAUUCGAACAUUGUUGUCUGUUUCUAUCUGUGAACCUUUUAAGGUAAAAUUUUACACAGGCAGAGAGAUGUAUCAUUUAAGGUUUUAUUUCAGCAUCUAACAUCAGAAUAUGUAUUAUAUAUUUUCUUAGGUUUACCCCUUAGCUUGCUGGCUAUUUGUAAUAUCGAAUUCCUAUCAUAAUCCCUGUCUGCAAGAGUUAACAAAAGUUACAUUUUAGUUUGCAGAAAGCUUACCUAGAGGGAGAGAGGUUAACCUGUUGAUAUAAAUUUAAUAGAGAUAGCUCUUGGUAAUGGUGAAAAUAAUGAUUUUUGGUUCUGUUUUUAUUUGGGGGGGGCGGGGUUUUUUUUUAAAUAAAAGUAAUUAGACCUAGUGCAUCCUCUAGGAAAGUCUCGCCUUUUCAUUAGAGAAUAUAUGAUCAAAGUUUCAGUUUUAAAACAGCUAUUGUUGAAUGUGUAGAAUCCAGUUCCAUCUGUUUAGGUUCACUGCUGUGGAACUUGGUCCAGUCAUUUGGGCCAAAGCCAACCAAAAGUUUAGUUGCCUUUCUUACCAAACACUGGUACUGCUAUACCUUUUGUAGAUAAAACCAUCACAUAAAAAAAAAAAAGUAUUUAGUGUUAAUUUAUGUGCCAAAUUCAGAUUAUUAUGUCAUUGCUGUUAUUUAGCCUUCACUGUCAUAACACAGAAGGGGAUAAUAAAGAGAUGAUUAGGGAAAUGAAUUCUGUUAAUAAUUAUUUUUCCCAUUAUGCCUAUUUUGCUUCACAAAGGCUAUCAUGCUUGAUAGUUAAGGACAAGAUAUGGAAGUAAAAAUGGAUUGCUUGUUAUCACUUAAUUUGCUUCAAAUUAAGAUAUAUAAUAGGAAUGCUUGAACCAGUCAACCUUUACUACUUGUUUGAAAACUUAUGAACAAUUCAGUAGCUGCAAAUAUACCAGAGCUAUUUUUGAUGAAUACACUAAACUUAUUGUUGACAAAUUUCAGCCUCCUUGAUUUUUUUUUUUUUUUUGUAGUUACAUAUAGGCUUAAAGUCACCUGUUGUGUCCCAGUAUAAUCAGUACCUUCAUGAUUGAAAAUUGAUUAUAAGUUUACCAUCUUCAAAUUAGACAAAUAUUGGAAAAGAAAAAAUAAUUUCUUAGAAACAUCUUGUAUUCACUCAUUUUCUAAAAAGAAAAUCCAAGCAGUUAAGCUUUCUGGAUGGUAACAAAGUACUGUCUAAAAGGCAAGUGCUAUGACACCAUGUAUGAAUGUAAUUCUCUUAAUAAUUUACCUCUAUUUGGUGUCUUAACACUUUGGUUUAUAUCUCAGGGGUUGUCCGCAAACCAAAACUGACAUAUUCUGUGGUUAGCUUUUGUUUUUUCUUUUUUCCUUAACAGAAUGUUUCUCUUCUUUUGUCUUAUAUGGGUUAAUAACUAGUCUCCAUGAACUUCCCUUUGAAAGAGCCUGUAAAAAUUAGAUGAGUCUAAAAGUGCUCUUUGAAGUAGCAGCAAAUUGGGAGUAUAUGCUCUGUUAUGUAGAUAUAAAUUGUCCUUGCUAUUUUCUUACAUUUAGCUUUGCUAAAUUGUAUAUAAUUUGAGCUAAGACCAUAGGAAAAUUCACUUUCUGCAUGGUAAAAUGACCCAAUACAUAUUUCACUUUGCUUAAUAAUGUACAUACAGUGCAUUAUUUUUUCUAUUUGUAGAUGAGUUUAGUGACAAAUAAUUGUCUGUUCCCUGCUGAAACAAGAAAUCUAGAUUUUUGUGAACAUUUUUGUGGUCUUAUGGAUAAGGUACAUGAAGAUUUUUGCAGCAGUAUUAGUGGUUCAGUGGCUGCACUUUAUUAUCAAUGGGCUAAUUUUUGACAAUGAUUAGACUAGACCUUUUCAAAUAAGAGUCUGAGGGGCAUCAGACAAUGAAAAUGUAAGUAGCAUGUAAAUCAGUUGAUUUUAAAAUGUUUCACUGGGAACUUAUUUUAGCUAUAUUUUACUUCAGACAGAUUAUGAUAAAAUAAUCUACCUGUGCAUCCGUUAGUAGAUGCUGCAGGGUUUCUUACUAUUUACAUGAACAUUUUGUGCAUUCUUUGUUAUAACUUUUCAGAAGACUAUACUCUUUACUUUGAAGAACUAUUUUUUAAUUAUACCUCAUUUAGCUAACUAGUAUUCUAAUACCUGGUAGAAAAACAGUGAGCCAGCCUUUAAGCAUUCAACAAAAUUUAGAUUAUAUGUUUUGCUUUGAACUGAAGGCAUCUUUGGGAAAGGUAGGAGGUAUCUUAGUUUAGAAUAGAAGAUAUGUGUUAUAUUCAAUAGCAUAAAAAAAGUAUUAUCUCCCUGUUUCCAUUAAUAAAUUUAGUUGUGCAAUAUAGAUACAUUUUUGCAGAAAUUUCUAAAAGAUUCUAACUCCAUUUUACAGGUUCUGAAUGCUGAGUCUGUAUUAAGGUUUAUAAAGUUUUUCUUGUAAUCAGUAAGUGAUACUUUUAAG